UCUCCUGGAAACCCACCCAGAACCUCCAGUCUCUGACACCAUGUGCAACUCCUCUUGUGGCUCCUGCUGCUCUAGCCAGGGCUAUGGCUGCUGCCAGCCCAGGUGCUGCCAGACCACCUGCUGUAGGACCACCUGCUGCCGCCCCAGUUGCUGCAGCCCCUGCUGUAGUGGGUCCAGUGGCUAUGGUGGUUCUAGUGGCUGUGGCUCUUGCUGCUGCCACCCCAUCUGCUGCAGGACCACCUGCUGCCGCCCCAGCUGCUGUGGCUCUAGCUGCUGCAGGCCCUGCUGUGUGUCCAGCUGCUGCCGCCCCUCUUGCUCUGGUGGGUCCAGCUGCUGUGGCUCCAGCUGCUGCCGCCCCUGCUGCUGCAUCUCCAGCUGCUGCCGCCCCUCCUGUGACUCCUGCUGCUGCCAGACCUGCUGCCGCCUGCGUCCAGUCUGUGGCAAUGUCUCCUGCCACACCACCUGCUAUCGCCCCACCUGUGUCAUCUCCACCUGCCCCCGCCCCAUGUGCUGUGCCAUCCCUGACUGCUGAAUCUUGUCUUUGAAGACCACAUCCUUAUCUCCUCUCUCCCCACAGAUGCAGAACUUCUUUUGGGCCCACCAUUAGGACACAUGGAAUCUGGUUAAUGUUAUUCAACAGAAUGGGUUUCAUGAUUCCAAUGAGCCCAACACUGUCCCACAGAAGCACCUUACAGUUCAUUUUAAACUCUCUUCUUUCCAAUGCUGUCAUCAAAUAAAAGUUAAUUUGUAAUCUACUAGCAAAGAAAUUACCUUGAUCCUCCAGAUUACUCAUUUUCCUUACUACUUGGAGGGGCUACAUUAUUUACUACAUUAACUCUAGCCCCAAUGUAGGCAUGAAUUUUAUUCCCUCAGUCCUGGGGGGUCUAAUUAUAUCAUAGAUUCUCUCCUAGAGUAAUUUUCUUAUGUUUUGUUGCUCUUCUGCUUUGAAAUAAAAUUUUUCUGCCCA